GAUCAUUCAAACGUCAGAACCACAGCAUAACAGUACAGAGAACUUUUGUCAAAUAUUUGAAAUAAAAUGGAAUUCGCAGAAUUCAUCUAAACACGAAAGGAAUGGCUUUGCUAAGAUUAAACAAGAAGGAUCGUGAAAUGGUUUCCAGCCUUGCUCGCCAACAAAAGUUUGCCGCCGGACAGUCACAAAUCGAUCAUCACAUUAACUGUAUCUUACUGCAGUCUUCGUUAAGAAGACCAUCUGUUUCAUUUGCACCAGUACAAAAAGCUGGUGCUGGAGACCCCGGAAGCAAUAAGGUAAAGUCAUCAACGAUUCUAGGCGCGUCAACAGCCUCUUCAAAAAUGGUUUGUUCUAAAUUCACGCCUGCGAACAGGAUUUCCGGUUCAGCUAUAAUGAAAUCAACAGGUUUAACGUGGAUGUGUAAAUCGCCAAAAUAUGAUGAAAAGUGCUUUCCAAAUCACGUACAUGAUGUCAUUGAUACAAGUAUUAUGAGGUUGGUACCAGAUCAUGAUUUUGAAAUUCCUACAGAACCAGAAUUUGAAAUGCUUAUCAAAAGUGCCCAUCCAAAACCGGAACCAAAUAAUAAUUUGCCUGGUGAUGAUGUAAAGGUAUGCCUUGAAAAUGACAUACAUGAGGAAAACGUUAAUGUUGUUACAAAUGUCGACGAAGUUUAUGAAAUUGGUUUGUUUUUUGAGAUCUGCAACCAACGAGGGCAGAAAGAUACCGACGAAGUUUAUGACAUUGGUUUGUUCUUUGAACAUUGCAACCAAAUAAAGAAGGAAACUGUCGACGAAGUAUAUGACAUUGGUUUGUUCUUUGAGGUCUGCAACCAAAUAAAGAAGGAAGAUAUCGACGAAGUUUAUGACAUUGGUUUGUUCUUUGAAGUCUGCAACCAAAUACUAGUAAAGAAGAAAGAUGUCGACGAAGUUUUUGAAAUUGGUUUGUUUUUUGAGAUCUGCAACCAACGAGGGCAGAAAGAUACCGACGAAGUUUAUGAAAUUGGUUUGUUCUUUGAACAUUGCAACCAAAUAAAGAAGGAAACUGUCGACGAAGUAUAUGACAUUGGUUUGUUCUUUGAGGUCUGCAACCAAAUAAAGAAGGAAGAUAUCGACGAAGUUUAUGACAUUGGUUUGUUCUUUGAAGUCUGCAACCAAAUACUAGUAAAGAAGAAAGAUGUCGACGGAGUUUAUGAUAUUGGUUUGUUCUUUGAGGUCUGCAACCAAAUAAAGAAGGAAGAUAUCGACGCAGUUUAUGAUAUUGGUUUGUUCUUUGAAGUCUGCAACGAAAUAAAGAAGAAAGAUGUUGACGAAGUUUAUAAUAUUGGUUUGUUCUUUGAGGUCUGCAACCAAAUAAAGAAGAAAGAUAUCGAUGAAAUUUAUGACAUUGGUUUAUUCUUUGAGGUCUGCAACCAAAUAAAGAAGGAAAAUGUCGACGAAGUUUAUGAUAUUGGUUUGUUCUUUGAGGUCUGCAGCCAAAUAAAGAAGAAAGAUGUUGACGAAGUUUAUGAUAUUGGUUUGUUCUUUGAGGUCUGCAACCAAAUAAAGAAGAAAGAUAUCGAUGAAGUUUAUGAUAUUGGUUUGUUCUUUGAACAUAGCAACCAAAUAAAGAAGAAAGAUAUCGAUGAAAUUUAUGACAUUGGUUUAUUCUUUGAGGUCUGCAACCAAAUAAAGAAGGAAAAUGUCGACGAAGUUUAUGAUAUUGGUUUGUUCUUUGAGGUCUGCAACCAAAUAAAUAAUGAAGAUAUCGAUGAAGAUUAUGACAUUGGAUUGUUCUUUGAAGUCUGCGAGCAGUUGAAGAAGGAAGAUAUCGACGACGUGUUAAACAUUGGCUCCUUUUUUGAAGCCUGUGAUAAUAAAACAAAAGAAAAUGAUCUCGUGUCAGUGUUGGACCAAAGGAACGGCGAAGACUACGGAAAUAUUCAAGUGGACAGCAACAUGCCCUUACCUCGUCUCGAUGACAACAUGGAUUUUGACGAGGAUAUGUUCGGAAUUCUAGGAGUGUUUUGUAGGAGUGGAUUACAUUUCCUGAGUAGCGGAGUUCAAGAAGUCAUUGUUUAAAUCCAGCGCACUAUUAUGUUAUAAAAAGUUUUUAUUGUUACUUGUUAUGAAAAUCACAUCAAAAAGGAAUACGGUUAUUU